AUGAAUGCUUUCAAAAAUGGUAAAGGAAAUCAGAAAAACGUUGAAUUCCAUAAUAGUAAACGUCUUGAAAAUUCUGGAAGUCAGAAAGAUAAAAACGGCUUAAAAGCUCUGCGGUCUUUUGAUAGUAUAAAAGCUUAUCUUUCACCUUCUAAAAGCCAAAAAGGCCUGACCGAAGGAAGUCAGAAUUCUCCAAAAAUGACGGGGUCAUCUAUGGGAUCGCCUACCGGUUCGUCAUCUAAUGGUGAACCUCUGUUACAACAUUCUGAUAGUCAAAAUGGAAAAUCAGAGCAGGAAAGAAGGAAAAUUGAAGAGAUUAAUGAUGCAUUUGGAAUAUUUAAAUAUUAUUUAAAUGCAAAGGAAAAUUUUGAUAUUUACAAAGAUAUUAAACAGAAGAAUGAAAAGUUGUCUAGCAAACAUAAAAUUAAUUAUAUGCCAGAAUGGAAGAAGGACGAGACUUCUGAAACUAUUAAAAGCAUGAUUAACGAAAGCAAUUAUGGGGAAAAUGAAGAGAAGGCUAGCCAGUUGAUUGAAUAUUUAAACAAAAUGAUAGCAACACGUCAAAUUAUGGAAGCUAGCGAUAUAAAAACUUCAAUAGGUGUUAUUGAAAAAAAUCGUGAUAAUAUGACACAAUCAAUUUAUGAUGAGGCUUAUAUCAAGAGUGUAUUGCAUGAUAUUCAGAAAGAAACAAAUGGGCCAUUAAGCAAAAUCAUCGAAAUUCUCAAGGACUAUCCUCCCGGUUAUUUCAAUCUGAGCGAAUCAUUUAUCACUACACGCAAUGACAUAACAAAAUUAACAUCAAGUUUAAAAGAAAGAGUUGAAAAAAUUGAAAAGUUGUUUAAAAACAAUAAAGAAGGGUAUAUAAAAAAUAUUGUGGCUGAAUAUUUCAAUUUUACGCAAUGCGGGGUUGAGGAAGUAAAAAGGACUAUAUUGGGAAAUAGGGUGCCGGAGUGUGAUGGAGAUAAUCCGAAAGAUUGGGUUUUACCUACACCUGAUGAGUGGGAAGUAUAUUGUAAGAAAGAGAAUUGUGGAACUGAAAUUCUUGGUGAAAAGGAGUUGAGGUAA